CGUUCGACCGUCACCGUCGACCGUCUCGACGAGUCUUUACCUCAUCACUACCAUUGACAGUCCCGGCUUCCCACACACGAUGAGCUUGAGUAGCUGGCUAUGGGGCUCCUCGCAGCUCGACGACGCCAUUGAGAAGGCGACGUCCGAGCUGUUACCCGCUGGCUCAGAAGAUAUCGCGCUCAACCUCGAGAUUUGCGACCAGAUAAGGUCGAAGGCUGUUCCUGCGAAGGAUGCUAUGAAGUCCUUGAAAGCAAGGCUUAAUCACAAGAAUCCGAAUGUGCAGUUGCUGGCGCUUGGGCUCACGGACGUCUGCGUGAAGAAUGGCGGCGACCACUUCCUCGCCGAAGUCGCCUCCCGCGAGUUCAUGGAUAACCUAGUUUCCAUCCUCAAGAUGCCCACCCUCAACAACGACGUCAAGACCGCCAUCCUGCGCUAUGUCCAGAACUGGGCCAUUGCCUUCGAGGGCAAGGCCGCAUUGAGCUACGUCGGUACGAUAUAUAAGCAACUGCAGAACGAAGGCUUCGCCUUCCCUCCGAAGGAUCCAGCAUUAGCGACCACGGCGAUGGUCGAUACCCAGACAGCGCCCGAGUGGAUCGACUCCGACGUUUGCUUGCGGUGUCGCACGCCAUUCACCUUCACCAACCGCAAACAUCACUGUAGGAAUUGCGGGCAGGUGUUCGAUCAGCAAUGCUCCUCGAAGACGAUGGCGCUGCCGCACUUUGGUAUCGCGCAGGAAGUCAGGGUGUGCGAUGGGUGCUACAAUAAGCUGCGGAAGCGCGGCGACAAAACUCAUCGACACUCCCAAAGCCUGCACGCCCACCGCUCGCGCGCUGCGCAAGACAUCGCCGAUGCGGAGCUACAGCGCGCCAUCCAGCUGUCCCUAGAGGAAGUCGGCGCAGCGGGCGCGCGACGCCCGGGCUACGUCCCCGCGCAACCGUCCCAACCCUCGGGCUGGUCGGAACCGCCCAUCGUCGACCGCGCAAGCCGGCCCAGCGCAGCUUACGCAGACGACGACGACCCAGACCUGCGCGCUGCGAUCGAAGCAAGCCUGCGCGAGGCGAACGCACCCAAGCCGAGCGCCCCCAUCGCGAUGGAGAGCCCUAGUCAGCCGGUCUUCGAGGCCCGCGCUGGUCCAGGAUUCUCGCAGUCAUAUCCUAGCUCGUCACAUCUGUCCUCGGCGCCUUUGCCCCACAUACCCAAUUACGACCUGGAGCCGCUGGAGGAGGAUGCGAUAUUGACGUUCAGUCAGACGGUGGAAGCGGUGCAUGCGCAGGGCGGGCGGGAUAUGGCAAGGUAUCCAGCGGUGGGUGAGCUGUACAACAAAGCAGUCGGCCUGCGCCCAAAGUUGGCGAUGGGAUUAGAAGAUGCGGGGAGGAAGGAGGGUGAGUGCAGUCGUUGUUCUGCGAUUACCUGGAGGGUGAUAGGCUGAUGCGCGACGUACAGAAGUUU